AUGACUGACCUCUUGAGAAGUGUUGUCACAGUCAUUGAUGUUUUCUACAAAUACACCAAACAAGAUGGGGAAUGUGGCACACUGAGCAAGGAUGAACUAAAGGAACUUCUGGAGAAAGAGUUCCGUCCAAUUCUGAAGAACCCAGAUGAUCCAGAUACAGUGGAUGUUAUUAUGCACAUGCUAGAUCGAGAUCAUGACCGAAGACUGGACUUUACUGAGUUUCUUCUGAUGGUAUUCAAGCUGGCUAUGGCCUGCAACAAGGUUCUCAGCAAAGAAUACUGCAAAGCUUCAGGGUCAAAGAAGCAUAGGCAUGGCCAUCGACACCAAAAGGAAGAAAGUGAAACAGAAGAGGAAGAAGAAGAUACACCAGGACAGAAAUCAGGUUACAGACAUUCAAGAUGGAGUGAGGGAGAGGAGCAUGGUUAUGGUUCUGAGGUCUUAAGGGGAGCUAGGAAACAUAGACAUGGGUCAGACUCCAGGAGGCUGGGAAGGCAAGGUGGUUUAUCUAGCUCAGGAAACCAAGAGCAAUUUGAGAAAAGACACCAUUGGUCUAGCUCUGGUCACUCAUGCAGUAGUGGCAAAGAAAGACAUGGUUCCAGCUCUGAGGAGCUGGGAGAAAGAAGAAACAAGUCACAUGUUAGCCCCUCUAGGGAAUCUGAGAAGGAAUAUGAAUCUGGAUCUAGAUUAAAGAGCAGGAGAAGGAAAGGUCAUAGUGGUCUAUCACAUGGAUUGGAUGCUAGUGGACAUGAAUCAAACUCUACUCAGUCAAGACAGAGUGGAGGACAAAAGCUUGGAUCUAGUUCUAGAAGCUUAGGAGACAAUGGAAGGCAAAACUAUGUAUGCGGUUCCAGCAACUCAUGCGGGUGUGGAAGGCCACAAAAUGUUUCUACUUCUUGUCAGGAAGGUAUAUUUGGAGGGCAAGGAAGUCAAUCUAACUGUACCCAGUCAGGAUGUCAGUCAGGAAGUAGUGGUGGACUAGGUCAUGGAUAUAUUUCAGGUCAGUGCUCUGGAUAUGGUCAAUAUGAGUCUAGCUCCUGCAGCCAGUCUUCUAGUCAGGAAGAAUAUGGAUCUAGAGCAUGUGGUCAAACACAGAACUGUGGAAGACAACAGAGAACAGGUUCAAGUCAGUCCUCUUGCUGUGAACAGUAUGGGUCUGGCACAAGUCAGCCUGCUACCUAUGGUCAACAUGGACCUGGUUCUUGUGGACACUUUUCAAACUCUCAUCAAAAAGAGUCAGGUUCAAGUGAAUUUUCUAAAUGUGGACAACAUGGGUCUGGCUCUGGGCAGUCCUCUGGCUUUGGACAACACAGAUCAGGCUCAGGUCAAUCCUCUAACUUUGGAUAUGGCUCUGGUUCAUGCCAAACCUCUGGUUUUGGACAACAUGAGUCUGGCUCAGGACAGUCCUCUUGUUUUGGCCAACAUGGGUCAAGCUCAGGACAGGCCUCUGGCUUUAGCCAGCAUAGGUCUGGCUCAGGAAAGUCCUCUGGCUAUGAACAAUAUGAAUCCAGCUCAGGUCAGUCCUCUAGCUUUGGAAAACAGGAAUCUGGUUCAGGACAGUCCUCUGGUUUGGGUCAGCAUGGGUCUAGCUCAGGACAGUCCUCUGGUGUUGGGAAACAUGGGUCUGGCUCAGAGCAGUCCUCUGGUGUGAAACAGACCUCUGGCUUUGGAGAACACAGAACUGGCUCAGGACAGUCUUUUGGUUCUGGACAACAUGGGUCUGGUUCACAUCAAUCUACCUCUACAAAACAUAGAUAUGGCUCAGGUCAAUCUUCUAGCUUUGGAUAUGGAUCUAGUAAACAUCAGUCUCCUGCCUCUGGGACUGGCUCAGGUCAUUCUUUGGAAUUUGAACAACAUGAGUCUAGAUCAGGUCAGUCUACCUACGGCCAACAUGGUUCCAGCUCAAGGAAAUCCUACAGUUCUGACUCUAGGUCAUCCACAGGAAAGUCCUCUACACAUAGUCAACAUGGAUCCAACUCAAGGCAGUCAUCUAGCUAUGAUCAACAUGAAUUGACCUCAGGUCAUUCCUCUGGCUAUGAGAAGCAUGACUCUAGGUUACAGGGAAAAGAAUGCUAUGAGACUACUUCAGGAAAAGUGUCUCCGAAAUCUGGAAAAACAAUAUCAGAUACAGCUGAGAGUCAAGCAACGGAAAGAGCUGAAAGGAGACAGGGAAAAACUCAAGGACAGUCAGGAGACAGGAGUACACAAGGACACUCCGGUCAUGCACAAGCCACCAGGACAGAAUCCAGUAAUACUGCAAGAAGUGAUUCUAGGAGUCAGGAUCAACAGCUAGAGGAAGACAGGGCCUGUCAGGAGACACCAGGGGACAUAGUGGGUCUGGGCAUGGCCAAGCCACCAGGAAAGAAUCCAGUAAGACUGCAAGAAGGGGAUCUAGUGUCAGUGAGUACAGUGACACUGAAAGGCAUUCUGGAGCCUCACAGACACACGCAGGAUCCCCUCAUAGCCACUCUAGAUCUCAACAUGGAGAGUCAGGAUCCACAGCUGGAGGGAUACAGGGAACUAGUCACGACCAUUCAGGUGAUACUAGGGGACAUAGUGGGUCUGGGCAUGGUCAAACCACCAGGACAGAAACCAGUUGCACUACAAGAAGGGUACCUAGUGUCAGUGAGUCCAGUGACACUGAAAGCAACUCAGGAGUCCCACAGACACACGCAGGAUCCCCUCAUAGCCACUCAGGAUCUCAACAUGGAGGGUCAGAAUCCACAGCGAGAGGGAGAAAGGGAACUAGUCAGGGCCAAGCAGGAGAUACCAGGAGACAUAGUGGGUCUGGGCAUGGUCAAACCACCAGGACAGAAUCCAGUAAGACUGCAAGAAGGGGAUCUAUUGUCAGUGAGUCCAGUGACACUGAAAGGCACUCAGGAGCCCCACAGACACACGCAGGAUCCCCUCAUAGCCACUCUGGAUCUCAACAUAGAGAGUCAGGAUCCACAGCUAGAGGGAGACAGGGAACUAGUCAUGCUCAGUCAGGCGAUACCAGGGGACAUAGUGGGUCUGGGCAUGGUCAAGCCAAGAGGACAGAAUCCAGUAAGAUUGCAAGAAGGGGAUCUAGUGUCAGUGAGUCCAGUGACACUGAAAGGCUCUCUAGAGCCUCACAGACACAUGCAGGAUCCCCUCAUAGCCACUCUGGAUCUCAACUUGCAGAGUCAGGAUCCACAGCUAGAGGGAGACAGGGAACUAGUCAUGCCCAGUCAGGAGAUACCAGAAGACAUAGUGGCUCUGGGCAUGGUCAAGCCAACAGGACAGAAUCCAGUAAGACUGCAAGAAGGGGAUCUAGUGUCAGUGAGUCCAGUGACACUGAAAGGCACUUUGGAGCCUCACAGACAUAUGCAGGAUCCCCUCAUAGCCACUCUGGAUCUCAACAUGGAGAGUCAGGAUCCACAGUUAAAGGGAGACAGGGAACUAGUCAUGGCCAGUCAGGAGAUACCAGGGGACAUAGUGGGUUUGGGCAUGGUCAAGCCACCAGGACAGAAUCCAGUAAGACUGCAAGAAGGGGAUCUAGUGUCAACACAUGCAGGAUCUCCUCGAAGCCAAACUGGAUCUCAACAUGGAGAGUCAAGAUCCACAGCUGGAGGGAGACAGGCAACUAGUCAUGGCCAGUCAGGAGAUACCAGGAGACAUAGUGGGUCUGGGCAUGGUCAAGCCACCAGGACAGAAUCCAGUAAGACUGCAAGAAGUGGAUCUAGUGUCAGUGAGUCCAGUGACAAUGAAAGGCACGCUGGAGCCUCACAGACACAUGCAGGAGCCCCUCAUAGCCACUCAGAAUCUCAACAUGGAGGGUCAGGAUCCACAGCAAGAGGGAGAAAGGGAACUAGUCAUGGCCAGUCAGGAGAUACCAGGAGACAUAGUGGGUCUGGGCAUGGUCAAGCCACCAGGACAGGAUCCAGUAGGACUGCAAGAAGUGGAUCUAGUGUCAGUGAGUCCAGUGACACUGAAAGGCACUCAGGAGCCCCACAGACACACGCAGGAUCCCCUCAUAGCCACUCUGGAUCUCAACAUAGAGAGUCGGGAUCCACAGCUGGAGGGAGACAGGGAACUAGUCAUGCUCAGUCAGGCGAUACCAGGGGACAUAGUGGGUCUGGGCAUGGUCAAGCCACCAGGACAGAAUCCAGUAAGACUGCAAGAAGGGGAUCUAGUGUCAGUGAGUCCAGUGACACUGAAAGGCACUCUGGAGCCUCACAGACACAUGCAGGAUCCCCUCAUAGCCACUCUGGAUCUCAACAUGGAGAGUCAGGAUCCACAGCGAGAGGGAGACAGGGAACUAGUCAUGGCCAGUCAAGAGAUACCAGGGGACAUAGUGGGUUUGGGCAUGGUCAAGCCACCAGGACAGAAUCCAGUAAGACUGCAAGAAGGGGAUCUAGUGUCAGUGAGUCCAGUGACACUGAAAGGCACUCUGGAGCCUCACAGACACAUGCAGGAUCCCCUCGAAGCCAAACUGGAUCUCAACAUGGAGAGUCAAGAUCCACAGCUGGAGGGAGACAGGCAACUAGUCAUGGCCAGUCAGGAGAUACCAGGAGACAUAGUGGGUCUGGGCAUGGUCAAGCCACCAGGACAGAAUCCAGUAAGACUGAAAGUGGUGGAUCUAGUGUCAGUGAGUCCAGUGACAAUGAAAGGCACGCUGGAGCCUCACAGACACAUGCAGGAGCCCCUCAUAGCCACUCAGGAUCUCAACAUGGAGGGUCAGGAUCCACAGCAAGAGGGAGAAAGGGAACUAGUCAUGGCCAGUCAGGAGAUACCAGGAGACAUGGUAGGUCUGGGCAUGGUCAAGCCACCAGGACAGGAUCCAGUAGGACUGCAAGAAGUGGAUCUAGUGUCAGUGAGUCCAGUGACACUGAAAGGCACUCAGGAGCCCCACAGACACACGCAGGAUCCCCUCAUAGCCACUCUGGAUAUCAACAUAGAGAGUCGGGAUCCACAGCUGGAGGGAGACAGGGAACUAGUCAUGCUCAGUCAGGCGAUACCAGGGGACAUAGUGGGUCUGGGCAUGGUCAAGCCACCAGGACAGAAUCCAGUAAGACUGCAAGAAGGGGAUCUAGUGUCAGUGAGUCCAGUGACAAUGAAAGGCACGCUGGAGCCUCACAGACACAUGCAGGAGCCCCUCAUAGCCACUCAGAAUCUCAACAUGGAGGGUCAGGAUCCACAGCAAGAGGGAGAAAGGGAACUAGUCAUGGCCAGUCAGGAGAUAUCAGGAGACAUAGUGGGUCUGGGCAUGGUCAAGCCACCAGGACAGGAUCCAGUAGGACUGCAAGAAGUGGAUCUAGUGUCAGUGAGUCCAGUGACACUGAAAGGCACUCAGGAGCCCCACAGACACACGCAGGAUCCCCUCAUAGCCACUCUGGAUCUCAACAUAGAGAGUCGGGAUCCACAGCUGGAGGGAGACAGGGAACUAGUCAUGCUCAGUCAGGCGAUACCAGGGGACAUAGUGGGUCUGGGCAUGGUCAAGCCACCAGGACAGAAUCCAGUAAGACUGCAAGAAGGGGAUCUAGUGUCAGUGAGUCCAGUGACACUGAAAGGCACUCUGGAGCCUCACAGACACAUGCAGGAUCCCCUCAUAGCCACUCUGGAUCUCAACAUGGAGAGUCAGGAUCCACAGCGAGAGGGAGACAGGGAACUAGUCAUGGCCAGUCAAGAGAUACCAGGGGACAUAGUGGGUUUGGGCAUGGUCAAGCCACCAGGACAGAAUCCAGUAAGACUGCAAGAAGGGGAUCUAGUGUCAGUGAGUCCAGUGACACUGAAAGGCACUCUGGAGCCUCACAGACCCAUGCAGGAUCCCCUCGAAGCCAAACUGGAGUGACACAGGGUACUAGUCAUGUCCAGUCCGGUGAUACGAGGGGACAUAGUGGGUCUGGGCAUGGUCAAGCCACCAGGACAGAAUCCAGUAAGACUGCAAGAAGGGGAUCUAGUGUCAGUGAGUCCAGUGACACUGAAAGACAAUCUGGAGCCCGACAGACACACGCAAGAUCCCCUCAUAGCCACUCAGGAUAUCAACAUAGAGAGUCAGGAUCCACAGCUAGAGGGAGACAGGGAACUAGUCAUGGCCAGUCGGGAGAUACCAGGAGACAUAGUGGCUCUGGGCAUGGUCAAGCCACCAGGACAGAAUCCAGUAAGACUGCAAGAAGGGGAUCUAGUGUCAGUGAGUCCAGUGACACUGAAAGGCACUCUGGAACCUCACAGACACAUGCAGGAUCCCCUCAUGGCCACUCUGGAUCUCAACAUGAAGAGUCAGGAUCCACAGCUGGAGGGAGACAGGGAACUAGUCAUGACCAGUCAGGAGAUACCAGGAGACAUAGUGGGUCUGGGCAUGGUCAAGCCACCAGGACAGAAUCCAGUAAGACUGCAAGAAGGGGAUCUAGUGUCAGUGAGUCCAGUGACACUGAAAGGCACUCUGGAGCCUCACAGACACAUGCAGGAUCCCCUCAUAGCCACUCAGGAUCUCAGCAUAGAGAGUCAGGAUCCACAGCUAGUUGGAGACAGGGCACUACUCAUGGCCAGUCAGGAGAUACGUGGGGACAUAGUGGUUCUGGGCUUGGUCAAGCCACCAGGACAGAAUCUAGUAGGACUACCAGAAGGGGAUCUAGUGUCAGUGAGUCCAGUGACACUGAAAGGCACUCUGGAGCCCCACAGACACAUGCAGGAUCCCCUCAUAGCCACUCUGGAUCUCAACAUGGGGUGUCAGGAUCUACAGCUGGAGGGAGACAGGGAACUAGUCAUGGCCAGUCAGGAGAUACCAGGGGACAUAGUGGUUCUGGGAAUGGUCAAGCCACCAGGACAGAAUCCAGUAAGACUGCAAGAAGUGGAUCUAGUGUCAGUGAGUCCAGUGACACUGAAAGGCAUGCUGGAGCCUCACAGACACAUGCAGGAGCCCCUCAUAGCCACUCUGGAUCUCAACAUGGAGAGUCAGGAUCCACAGCUGGAGGGGGACUGGGAACUAGUCAUGGCCAGUCAGGAUAUACCAGGGGACAUAUUGGGACUCAACAUGGUCAAGCCAUCAGGUCAAAAUCCAGUAGAGUAAGUCAUUCCCAGUCUCAGAGUAGUGGAAGACACCGACAUGGAUCAGGUCAAGGUUGGAAACAUGGAAGUUAUGGGAGUGCAGAAUAUGACUAUGGGCAGUCUGGGUAUGGACCUUCUGGAGGUAGCAGAACAAGCAGCCGCAUAGGCAUCCAAGCAGCCAUUCUGUACCCAGCCAUGGACAGUCCAUAUCAGCUCACAGCUAUUCAGAAUCUAGUUCAACUCUAG